AUGGCCGCCGGUUUCACGGAAGAUAACAUCAGAGACCUCAGGUACCGCCUGGAGGACGCCUCUAUCAAAUGUUCAGAACGAUGUCUAUACCAGUCUGCAAAAUGGGCCGCGGAAAUGCUCGAUUCUCUCCUACCAAUCAAUGAAUAUGACACCGAUCCCGACUCGCCAAUGGGCCUUGCGGAUACCCUGCCCAUGCCAUCGAACCCAUACCUCCGACCCCAGGACCCUCUCGAGGCCAGAUUAGAAGCACAAGAAGCCCACAAGUACCUUCUAGCAAAGACCUACUUCGAUACACGCGAGUAUGACCGUUGCGCGGCCGUUUUCCUUCCCCCGACCAUGCCCCCUGUUCCUCUUUCGACCGCAUCACCUCAUGCCAAAUCGAAACAGCCCUUGACACCACAGAAAGGAAAGUCGCGAAUGUCUGCAUUUGGAGGAGUGAAAGAGGGUACCUCGACGAGAAAUCCAUACCCGGCGCUGAGCCAGAAGUCGUUGUUCCUUGCAUUAUAUGCUAAAUACAUUUCGGGUGAAAAGCGGAAAGAUGAGGAAACGGAGAUGGUCCUAGGCCCUGCUGAUGGAGGUAUGGCGGCCAAUCGAGAGUUGCCGGACUUGGCGCGUGGGCUAGAAGGAUGGUUGACAGAACGAAGGGAAAAUGGCAUGGAAGGUCGCAAUCAAGGAUGGUUGGAAUAUUUGUAUGGCGUGAUUCUUCUGAAGGGGCGGAAUGAAGAGGAGGCAAAGAAGUGGCUCAUAAAGAGUGUGCAUUUGAACCCAUUCCAUUGGGGCGCCUGGCAAGAGUUGAAUGACUUGCUUACAAGUACGGAAGAUUUAAAACAAGUCGUUGACCUCCUUCCUCAGAACAUAAUGACUUUGAUAUUCCACGUUUAUUGCAGCCAGGAGCUGUACCAAGCAACCGACGAUACCUACCAAGCCUUAUCAGAACUCGAAACUAUCUUCCCGACAAGUGCAUUCCUCAAGACGCAGCGGGCAUUACUUUACUAUCAUUCUAAGUACUUCGAAGAAGCAUCACAUAUCUUCACCGAAAUCUUGAUCUCCUCCCCCCACCGUCUCGACAGCCUCGAUCACUACUCCAACAUCCUCUACGUCAUGGGAGCGCGUCCCCAACUUGCCUUCGUCGCCCAAGUCGCAACCGCAACCGACAAAUUCCGGCCCGAAACCUGCUGCGUCGUCGGAAACUACUACUCCCUGAAAUCAGAGCACGAAAAAGCAGUAAUGUAUUUCCGCCGCGCGCUAACACUAGACCGCAACUUCCUCUCCGCCUGGACCCUUAUGGGACACGAAUACGUCGAAAUGAAAAACACCCACGCCGCAAUCGAAUCCUACCGUCGCGCCGUCGACGUCAACCGCAAAGACUACCGCGCCUGGUAUGGUCUAGGCCAGGCCUACGAAGUCCUAGACAUGUCUUUCUACGCCCUUUUCUACUACCAACGCGCCGCAGCCCUACGGCCCUACGACCCCAAGAUGUGGCAAGCAGUAGGAUCCUGCUAUGCUAAAAUGGAGCGUCCCGAGCAGGGCAUCAAGGCACUCAAGCGCGCAUUAGUUGCAGGAUCCUACUACGCCUCUGACGACGCCUCAUCACAACUUAGCGGCAUGUCCCCCAGCCCCGGCCGCAAAAUCCUAGACCCAGAAACCCUCCACCAAAUUGCGAUGCUCUACGAACGCCUCGAGGAGCCCGAAGAGGCAGCCGCGUACAUGGAACUAACUCUACAGCAAGAAUCCGGCCCACUAAACCCCGAAGGCGAAGAGGAAGGGUCAUCUGAUAACGAUGACGACGAUAACGACGAUUCCCAGCAUCGCUCCCGUCGACCUCGAAAACCAUCCCCAAAUGACGACGAUGAAGAUACAUGGCACGGAACUGGUGUUACGGCGACGACGUCGAAGGCGAGGCUGUGGCUUGCUAGGUGGGCUUUGAAGAAUGGGGAUCUCGAAAGAGCGGAUCAGUUGGCGGGAGAGUUGUGUCAGGAUGGAGUUGAGGUUGAGGAGGCUAAGGCUUUGAUGAGGGAUGUUAGGGCUAGAAGGGAGGGAGCGGGAUCUGCUGCAUAG